UUUUGAUCUUGUGUGGUUACUGCAAUUUUCAAUUAAUCAUGAUGUAAUUAACUGUAUCAUCUCACGCGAACAUUUUUAUCCGUCGAAGUUUACAUAUUUAUUUUUUAUCCGAUAUUGCAAAAAUGAAAUAUUUAUUCUCUUAACUCAGAUGACUCAGCCAGAUCAGCUGCUUUGCGCAACAUGACUUGAAUGACCAACCCAACUGUGAUAACAAAUAUAAGCAUUUAUAGAAAAUAUAGCACAAUGGUUCGACAACUGUUUUUGGGUCCAUUGAUUCAAACAAAUGAUAAAGAAGAAUUAAUUAUUAAGGAGAACGUUGCUGUACUUGUUGAUAAUGGCAAAAUUAUUUUGAUUUUGGACAAUCAAACGGAUCAGUUCGAACGGGAAGUUUAUGAGGAAGUAGUUUUAUCGCAUGGUCAGUUUAUGAUGCCUGGAUUUAUCGAUGCCCAUACUCAUGCAGUACAGUUUCCAAAUCUUGGACUGGGUUACAACAAGGAUCUUUUGGAUUGGUUGGAAAUUUAUACCUUCCCGCUGGAGAAAGAGUAUAGUGAUAUGGAAUUUGCAGAGCGAGUAUUUGAAGCAGUUGUGAAACGAACCAUCAAAAUGGGCACAACAACGGCAUGUUAUUUUGCAUCUUUAUAUGCCGAUGUGUGUACAAUUCUUGCGCAAAAAACUGCUGAAUUGGGUCAACGAGCUUUCAUCGGAAAAGUGAACAUGAACGCUCCGCGUGACGAUGGAUAUUGCGAAAGCACCUUGGCGUCAGUUAUAGACACCAUAGAUUUCAUAAAGUCUAUUGAGAUAAUAAAGAAUCCACUUGUAAAGCCGAUCAUCACACCAAGAUUCGCACUGAGCUGCGACAUGGAAUUAAUGCAAAAGCUGGCAGAGAUCGCUAAGACGAAAGACAUACAUAUACAGAGUCAUGUUUCUGAAAAUAAGGAUGAGAUAAUAGCAGUGAAACAAGCUUUUCCACAUCUACCUUCGUACACGGCUGUUUAUGAUGCUGCUGGUCUUCUUACCAAUAAGACAAUAUUAGCGCACGGAGUCUAUCUUGAAGAUAGCGAACUUGCCAUUCUUAAAGAACGAGGAACAGCUGUAAUUCAUUGCCCCUCUUCAAAUAUAAAUCUGAAAAGCGGGCUUUGCGAUGUGCGAAGGUUAAAGGCUAACGGUAUCAAAGUCGGACUUGGAACAGAUGUUUCGGGUGCAUCUAGUUACAGUAUGUUGAAUGAGAUGAGAUCGGUUUUACAAGUAUCAAAUUGUUUAUCUUUGACGAGAGACAAUUAUACACCACUUAGUUACAAAGAUGUCUUUCAUAUGGCAACAUUGGGAGGUGCUAAAGCACUCGCAAUUGAUGACAAAGUCGGUAAUUUGAUGCCAGGCAAAGAAUUCGAUGCUCUCAUCGUUGACGUGAACGCAAAAGACAGUUUGUUGGAUAAUUUUAAAGAAUAUACACUCGAAGAGAAUUUCCAAAGAUUUAUAUAUGCCGGUGAUGAACGUAAUAUAGUAUCAGUAUAUGUAAAAGGUAAAAAAGUGAAAUAAGAACUUUCUUAUUUUUACAAUAUUUUUAU